AUGACCCGAUAUAAUUACUUAAUGUGGAUACGUCUUUUAUGCCCUAUUCUUCUAAUAGAUAGCUCGGUGCUAGCUGCUAUGGCGGCGGAGGCAGUAAGUUUUGUUCCUCUUCCCCUUAAUUCUCUUAUGCCGAUUGCUCAGACACUGGCUGAAAUUGAAAGUACGUAUAAUGUAGAAAGACUGCAUACGUUCGACCAAAAGCAGAAGGCCAAGAUGCUAAACCCAGCCAGUUUUGGUCCGUUUUCUCAUCAGAGGAGAAAUGUAAGUGAGAAAGACAAUGUUUUUGAUCGUUAUAGUCCACCUAGUAUACCGUACGAUCGUGAAGUCGCUCAUAAAGCCAGACAAGACUUCUUCAAUAUAGCAACGGAUGAUGCCUUUGUAUCUCCCGAUCAAGCAGACCAAAAGCACAUCCCCAAUGAGUUCCCAUCGAAACCAGCCAAUAUCCAGACAUUCAACACAGUUCUAACACCUGCUUCCAUGCCUGAGCAAGUUCCACUAGGUAUGCCUGCCGCCGAAUAUCCAGAUAGACCUUAUCAUGAUAGUGUUGCUGGCAGAGAGCGGCGAGCCUUGACAAACAGUCCUGGAUCCAAACCAAUUCCUACCCAACCGCCCACUCAAAGCACUACUAGGUACGUUCCACCAGCCUACUACAAGUACCAACGGGCUAUUUCUGACUAUUUAUUUGAUUUUGAAACAUCCAAUCCUCUACCACUCUCCUUUUUACCCGAUCCUAAGUCUUUCGAUGGUAAACCCAAUCGUAUGCUUACUCAAUACUGGGGCAUAAAUCGACAUGCUCUGAAAAAGUCUAAUCCAUCCCUUGAAGGUCUCCUCUCUUCUAUUGUUUAUUCUCCACACGUUCAUAAGCAUCUAAUCGAUAGUGGCAAACUUGUUCAAAGGUUUAAGAAAGCAAUAAACUACCUUCAGCUGGACAUCCAAUCAACCAGUAACAAAAUGAUUGCUGCUACCAAAGAUCCAGACAAUCCUGCCAGUGCUAUCCAGAUCCCAAUCUACCAAAAAAUGCUCAGCUGGUAUGUUCAGGAUAUGCGCGGCUAUAUUGCUGAUUACACCAAAGCCCGCCAACAUGACAUUUGGACGACCCGAUGUGCUUCUCGCUGCAACACCCAAACACACUACCCAGACCAACCCCUUUCCAUUGAAGAAGAGAUUACGAAAUUAGGAAGCGAACACCGCAACUACUUCUCCACAAAUGAAGCCACCAUGUCCUUCCUCGAAGCAGUCAACCAAAACAAACCUCUUCUUAUCGCCUUACAAUAUGCAGUGCACAACGCCCAACUAUACAUUGACUACCUGAUUGACCACAAACACCUACCCGAAUCACUAGUUACCCCGGCCUACGACUUCAUCUCUAUUCUAGACAAAUACCAUGAGAACAUCGGCAUGCUCUACGAGUAUGCUAAAUCUCAUGUAUCUCAGCCACCUCUCGAAGAUCAAGAUGUUUUAGACCUAAAGUCUCUUACCGACCAACUCUUCAAGGAUGAUAAUUCUUCGAUCUACACUCAAUUCCGUUUCUUCGCUGACAUAGCUGCUGUGCGGUAUACACACAAGACACAAACUAUUCUUAACAACCUUGCCAAGGUGGCACCCGCCCAGGUUGACAUUAUUAUUUCACCAGUUAUCGCCGAAGCCACCCAAGUAGUGGACGAGCUAACCGAUAUUCAUUCUUACUUUAACCGGGUUCAAACUAACUACGCGAAGAGCCAAGACCGACUACGCCAUGCUCUCUACGACCUCAACGAAGCCCAAAUAAUUAAGCUAUACAACAUGAUACCCGAUCCCAAACCUACUCCAGACACACCUGCCGAAUCACGUCCCCCAAACCAGGCCCAGUCCCGCCGCAGCCGUUCCAUCAAUUCAUCAGCUCCCAAUACCAAUACUGACACUAACACCAAUAUCAGCGCCGGCGCCAAUACCUCUACUGACACCAACACCAGCGCCGACGCUAAUACCUCCACUGACAUCAACACUAAUACCUCUACUGACAUCAACACUAAUACCUCUACCGACACCAAUAUCAAUAACAAUACCAAAAACGACACACCUACUGCUUCUAACUCUAACGUAGAUACUAACACAGACAUCAACCCAGAUACUCAUACUAACUCAAAUCAACUUAACAGCAACAAUAGCAACAACAAUAACCAUCAACAAUCUAACCAUAGCUCAGUCCUGUUUACAGGUAUAGAAGAAGAUCCCGACUUUACCCCAACCAACACUAACUAUGGUGAUCUUACUGCUAUUUCUGUCUACCUAGAUACCAUUCCAUUAAUUGAUAUACCCGCACUAUCUACCCCCGUCAAAACCAUUCCCUCCAAUUACCAAUCGGUCAACAACACUCUCACCGCGGAAUCGGCCCAAGCACUUACCCAAGUCUUUAUCCCACACAACAAAGAUUACCACGGGGAUCCCAAAGAAAUGCUCAAGUAUUACUGGGGACUCAAGACCCCACUACCCGGCACCAAACCCCAAAUCAAUCUUACCGAAUUCACCAACCAAAUCAUCCAAUACCCCCACGUUGUCGCCGAAGUCACCUACGCCCGCACACUCAUAUCCAAGCACCACGAUCGCAUACUAGACCUAAUCACCAAGAUUAUCACACUCAACAACGAAUUAAACUCACUAGGUCCAAAUAAUCCACGGGUCCCUCAAGACAAAGCCGCUAUCCUGGUCAGCCUAGAAGAACUCCGCCAAACCACCCUCUCUAUUAUCAAUGGCAGGUCCCAUGUCUGGUACAGUAAAUGCGCGCAUAACUGUUUCAACAAGUUCAACUACCCCGACGGGUACAUCAACAUCGCUAAGGAGUUCUCCAAACUCCUCAAAAAGUACCAUUAUCAGUCGCCCAAGACUCGUAACAAGAUCCACGAGAUACUCCAAGACUUCAAAUCCCACACCCGUCUCUUCCAACUCUUACACACGGCCGUCCAAAACUCCAAACACCACAUUGAGUAUCUCAUUAACCACAAGUAUCUACCAAUUCAAGACCGAGCCGACGCACUCGUUUAUCUCUUCCCAUUUGAGCUACACGCCCAAUCCCUCCUAGAAAUUCAAAAGUAUCUUAAUCGUCCUCUCCUAGUCCUAAGCGACGAUGCCUGUAAACAGAUCCGAAUAUAUCUUCGAAUUAUCUUUCAGAUGCAUCAGCCGAACAGCCCCAUUAAUAUGUAUUUCGACCAUAUCCAGCAGACAGCUUACCAAAAAUACGACUCUCGUUUAUACUUCAUGAUCGAGGAAUACAAAUCCUCCCACCAUCCCGCCAUGGAUGCUCGUUCCCUUGAAACUCUCACAAUGGCCACCCACUCCCUUCUUUCCUCUCUCCUUUCCUCCCAUCGAUACAUCAACGAGACCUCGAAGCAUCUCACAACCAUCCGCGAAAGCAUGCAACGUACUCUCAACACCGCCACCCCCACCGAGCUCCACCAACUACUCAAACACAUCCAGCAAUCCCAAUUCCAACAAUUCCAACCGCCAAACCAACCACACCCCCAACAAUUUCAACAUCAAAGACGACUCCUCAAAGCACAAGCCACCCGCCCAUCUCAAUAA